AUGCAACUCGCCUCCCGCCCCCCUCCUCCGUCGCAUCUCCCUCGCCAGGGCGCCGCGCCCACCCCGUUCCUCCUCGUCCUCCGGAGGCGCCUGCGGAGGCGGCGCCACCACCACCACCACCACCGCCCGUACCUCCUCGCCCCCCGCGCCUCUCUCUCGGACCUCCUCGCCAGCCUCCCCUCCUCCCUCGCGCUCGUAGGCCCCGCCGCGCUCGCGGCUGCAGCCGCGGUCGCCACCUCCUUCUCCUCCUGGUCCUCCUCCUCGUCCCAGACCAGCCUCCCGCCGCCGUCCCAGGAAUCCGAGGACUACGACGUGUGCGGGGAUGUCGCGGGCGAGUGGGUUCUCUUCACCAGCCCGACGCCAUUCAACCGCUGCGUGCUGCUGCGUUGCCCGUCCGUGUCUUUCGAGGACGGCAGCGUCCUGCUCGACGGCGUCAACGAGCGCCUGCUCACCGAGGAGCGGCACUACGUGAACCUGAGCAGGGGCUGCGUCCCCGUGGUGCGCGGCGGGGACGGUGCCUGCGAUAUCUCGUACCAGAGGAUUUGCAUCGCCCUUGAGGACGGUGGGGUGAUCGCACUCGAUUGGCCUGAUAAUUUGGACUUGGACAAAGAGCAUGGGCUGGAUUCCACGGUGCUUAUAGUGCCUGCCACGCACGAGGGGAGCAUGGAGAGCAGCAUCAAGGUGUUCGUGUUGGAUGCGCUGAAGAAUGGAUACUUUCCUAUUGUAAUGAACCCCAGAGGGUGCGGCGGCUCCCCAGUCACUACCCCAAGGUUAUUUACAGCAGCUGACAGUGAUGAUAUCUGCACAGCAGUACAGUAUAUAAACAGCAAGAGACCUUGGACAACACUAAUGGGUGUUGGAUGGGGCUAUGGGGCAAAUAUGCUUACAAAGUACCUCGUGGAAGUUGGAGAGUCUACUCCUCUUACUGCUGCUGUUUGUAUUGACAACCCUUUUGAUCUAGAAGAAGCAACGAGAUCAUUUCCUCAUCAUAUAGCUCUUGAUGAAAAGCUCACAACUGGCUUGGUUGAUAUUCUGCGUGCUAAUAAGGAACUCUUUCAAGGUAAAGCUAAAAAUUUCAAUGUUCAAAAGGCUUUGUCAGCCAGUUGUUUGAGGGACUUCGAUGGAGCUAUAUCCAUGGUUUCACAUGGGUUUGAUACUCUUCAUGAUUUCUAUGCUGAAAUUAGCACAAGGCUGUCAGUUGCCCAUGUGAAAAUACCUCUACUUUUUAUACAGAGUGAUGAUGGGACUGUGCCGCUUCUUACAGUGCCCCGCAGUUCAAUAUCAGAAAAUCCUUUCACAAGCCUUCUCCUUUGUUCUGGUGUACACUCCACUAUCUUCACGUUUCGGAGAUACGCUGUGUUAUGGUGCCAGAAUCUUGCCUUAGAGUGGUUAUCAGCUGUCGAGUUUGCUCUUCUGAAGGGUCGGCAUCCACUUAUCAAAGAUGUGGACAUCACAAUUAACCCGUCCAAAGGUCUAGCAUUUGUUGAACCUCAAGUGAAUGAGAGGAAACCUCGAAAAGGAAAUAGUUUUCGUAAGCAUUCUGAACUUAUUUUGUAUAAUAAUGUUCCUCAUGGAAUAAAUGGACUGCUAGUUGAUUCUGCAAAAAAGUACUCUGAUGCUCAAAACAAAGAAGAUGGGCAGUUGGAAAAUAAUGGUGACAUAGGAACUGUAGACAAAGAUCUGGAAGAAGAGUUAGAAGAGAGUUCUGAAGAUGUUGAGAAAGGUCAGGUACUACAAUCAGCAAGUCUUGUGAUGAAUAUGCUAGAUGCUACAAUGCCUGGUACUCUCAAUGAUGAUCAGAAGAAGAAGGUUCUGGUAGCUGUGGAGCAAGGGGAGACUCUUGCGAAAGCUCUAGAAGAAGCUGUACCUGAAGAUGUGCGUGGAAAACUUACGGCUUCUGUAACUGAAAUUUUAAAUUCCAAACGAGAGACUUUCAGUUUAGAUGCAUUGAAUCGACUUGGCUGGAACAAUGUAAGAACAACCACCACCAAGGCAUUGGCCCAGGAAAAGCUCAAAGAUUCUGGUCAUGAAAGUGGGCUUAAGGAUGCUAAGAUGGCUGAUCAGAACAGGAUUUCUGCAACAGCUUCUGAGGGGGAUCGGAAAGACAUUAAUAUGAAAAAUGAUGAUAAACCUGGAGAAAGCAUCGAAUCAUCAGAAGGAAAGCCUUCUCAAACUUCUGAACCUGUUGGAACUGCGACAGAAAUUGGAAGUGAACAACCUUAUAAAUCAGAUAAAGCUAACUAUGGAACCAAUGAUAACAGUGAAGGGCAGCAUAUAACCCAACAGGACAAUGGAACAACUCCAAUGCAAGUUUCUGAUGAUCAGUCAGUGGCCAACUCUAAUGGGGCUUCUAAAGAAGGGGAGCAAUCAGCAGAUGCUACAACAGACCAGAAUCAACAAUCUAACGCAACAGAAAAGGAAGGUGACACAAUUCGCACAGGUGAAGAUAAGGCUGCUCAUAAUGUGAAUGAUCAAAGCACGCAAGUCUCUAAAACAGAAGGAUCGAAACCUUCGCCCAUUACUGUGACCCAAGCAUUAGAUGCAUUAACUGGGUUUGAUGACUCGACUCAAAUGGCUGUCAACAGUGUAUUUGGAGUUCUUGAAAAUAUGAUUGAUCAGUUUCAGAAACAACAGGAUUCUGAGAAUGCUGAAAAUUCUGAUGGAAAUGAUGAUGGCACUUCUGUGGAUGAGACAGAAUCUCAUGUAAAGGAGAAUACAGAGAAAGCAUCAAGUGGAGAAGAAAUAAACCAAUCAUCUAAACAACCAGAAGGUAGCAGUCCUGGAAAAAGUGAUUCAAUCAUGUCCAAAGAUGAUUGUGCUUUUGGUGAGGGAAAUCCCAAUUUAAGCAUUGUUUCAUCUGGUAGGGAAAAAAUGAGAUAUUACCAAGGAAACAAAGUUGGUGAUCAUGUGGAUGCUGAUGGUAUCAAGCAGGUCAAUGGCUUGCCUGACUAUUUAUUAGAUAUAGCUGUCAACUAUUACUUGAAGGUGCAGUAUGCAAUGUACAUUCAUGAAUUUCUUUACACACAAUUGCAACUCAAAAUACAGGAGUUUAAUUCAGCAACUGAUCUUUUUCUUGAUCCACAAGAGGGUAAAUGGAAAAUUGCAGACCAGAUGCACAAUGCGCAAAAUGACAUUUCUGAAUCCUCACAAGAGUCAUCUAAGAUGGACAAAGCUGUUCAGCCACCCUACUUUAUACCAAGAAAAAUUCCAGACUUUACAUACAAGUCAAAUAAAUGGAAUAAUACAGUAGCAACCAGGUCAAUACCUGGUAAUGAUUUGAGAGAGGCACUUACAUGCUUUGUUAGAGAUGAACUAUCAAGUGCCCUUAAAAUGGAAGUUGGGCGCAAAAUAGGGAUAACAGAUACUAAGCAACUUGAAAGAAGUCUUGCAAAUGAUGUAGAACAGAUUGCUGCAGAAGUUUCUAAAACUGUUGUCCUUGAUUGUGAGUUUUAUUCAGUGACACGUGGGCAAAGAAGUCCAACAACUCUCAAGUUUGGUUCAACACAUGGAACAAAUGUUGUUGAAGCUGUAUCAACUGCAGUUCAGAAGUCUCAGCAUCUGAGGAGCAUUCUUCCUGUCGGUGUCAUAGUUGGUGUAACUUUGGCAUGUUUGAGAAAUUGCUUCCAUUUUGGUGUGUCUAAGCAUGGUGACCAUAUGAAAGCGACUAUGAAUUCAGAUAUUUUGGGUGAGGAAGUUAUUGUUCAGGAUAGCAGCAAAGAGAAUGUUCAGGAUAGUGGAAAAGCAAAUACAGACGACAAUAAUAUUGAAAAAACCAGUGGGGACAACCAGCAGGAGAUGACAAAGUCACAGGGUCAAGAUAUGAUGGUGGGGGCUGUGACGGCUGCCCUAGGUGCUUCUGCUUUGGUAGCACAUAAUCAAAAAAAUAAGGAUGAAAAUUGCAAGGAUUUUGUUGAGACCGAAAGUGCCAAACAUGAGGAAACUGCACAGGAAAAGAGCCAGAACAGUUUGAUGAGCAGUUUUGCUGAGAAAGCCAUGUCUGUUGCAGGGCCGGUAGUUCCCACAAAGGGUGAUGGUGAGUUUGAUCAUGAAAGGCUUGUUGCAGUUCUAGCUGAACUCGGACAAAAGGGUGGAAUUUUGAGGUUCGUUGGAAAAAUUGCUCUACUCUGGGGCGGAAUUCGUGGCGCUAUGAGCUUAACUGAUAGGCUUAUAUCAUUCUUACGUAUCAGCGAACAGCCCUUAUUUCAGAGGAUUAUGGGCUUUUCUUUAAUGGUUCUCAUCCUUUGGUCCCCUGUUGUGAUUCCUCUACUGCCAACACUUGUUCAAAGUUGGACAAUAAGUGCUUCAACUGGGAUUAUUGGUUAUGCUUGCAUUGUUGGAUUGUUUGUUUCUAUAAUGAUACUUGUCAUGCUGUGGGGCAAAAGGAUACGUGGCUAUGAGGAUCCAGUUGAGCAAUACGGGAUGAAUAUUUGGUCUGCGUCUAGGCUGUGGGAAUUUUUUCAAGGUUUGGCUGGAGGUGUAACAGUUGUAGGGUUGGUGCACUCAAUAAGCAUUCUACUCGGUUUUGCAACUUUUCGGACAGGGUUCUCUUCAUCUUUAGCUAGACCCCUUGAUCUUAUCAAGUCUUCUAGUAAUGUGUUUUUGCUAGCUCUUCGAGGGCUUGCCACAGCAACUAGCAUUGCUGUUGUGGAAGAAAUGGUUUUCAGAUCAUGGCUUCCAGAGGAAAUUGCUGUUGAUCUUGGUUACUACAAUGCCAUUAUGAUAUCUGGACUUGUGUUUUCUCUAAUUCAUUGGUCACUACCCUCGGUACCAGGUUUCUUGCUACUUUCUCUGGUGCUUUUUGGGCUUAAGCAGAGGACAAAAGGAAAGCUUGCUGCACCCAUUGGCCUGCGUUCUGGAAUCAUGACUGCCAGUUAUUUAAUACAAAGCAGUGGUAUUUUAACACCGAAACCUGAAACUCCGUUUUGGAUGAUUGGCACUUACCAUCUGCAUCCUUUUGAUGGUGUUAUCGGCCUAAGUAUCUGCUCCUUGCUUGCUAUCUUUUUCUUCCCUCAAAAGCCUGUUCAGACGGAUACAUCUGUGUGA